CUAAUUGACAGUGGGCAAGGUUCAUUGCAAAUUCACCAACUAAUUCAGUUUCUGCAAGUAAAGUUAAUACCACCGGAAGAUGAAGAAAAUAUCAACCAAGAAGAAAAUGUCAACCAAUAAAUCUUCUACAUGGGGACAUGUAGUUACACCUGCAGCUCAUCAUCAAUCUCAUUCAAGAGACUUGAAGAUGAACUUUUCAACCUCAAGUAAGUCUAAGUCAAAAUCUGAAGAAAUGAGUACUCAUUCUUCACUGCCUAGUACUCAACCUCCAAGACUUGAAGUACAAAUUCCAACCCCAAUUACAUCUCAAGUAAAUAUUCAACAAGGUCCUACAUUUUCAUUUUCCCCCCCACUUCCAUCUGCAUCUCAAGCAAGUAUUCAACAAGGUCCUAAAUAUGCUUGCCCUCCACCUCCAUCUGCACCUCAGCCAAGAACCUUGAAAGUUAGGAUAUCUUCAACUAGCCAGCCCCCAAUUGCGCCUCAAUCUAAUUCUCAGCCACCAUAUCAAUCAUUUCAUGUUUCUGAACCAACAAUACCAACUACAUCACAUUCAUAUUCUGAAAAUGAAGAGGAAGAAAAUGAGGAGACUGAGUUGCAAGUAGAUGAACAAAGGCCUGCAACCCGAAAAAGAGCAUGGUUUGUUAAUGUCAUUGAUGAUCAAGGAAAGAGAAUUACAAAACAACUACGAACCAAUGAUGUGUGGCAUUUACCUCCUAGUGAAAGGAUUGUUGUGCAGUGGAAUAAUGAGGGUCAACCAAUUGCAGAUGGUGGAGCAUUAUUGAAUAGGUUCUUGGGUAGCAUUGCAAGAAACUCUAAUUCUCUUCCUAUUAGUUAUUCUAGUUGGAAGAAGAUUCCUAAAGAUUAUAAAGAAGACGUAGUUAAGAAUACUAUUCAGGCUAAGUUUGAUGUCCAUUCUGAUGUUCAUAUAAGCCACAUCCUCAAAUCACUUAACAUAAAGUGGAGAGAUCACCGACAGGAAUUGUGGCAACUUAGAAAUGAUGGAACACGUACUAGAGAUGAAUUGAUCACAAUGGUUCCAGCAGGAAUAGAUAGAGAUCAUUGGGCUUCUUUUGUGGAUUAUCGACUAAAUUCAAAAACAAAGGAGCAUGCUCUGAAAAAUAAAGAUAAUAGGGCAAAGCAAACCAUUGCUCACACAUGUGGAUCUAAGAGCAUUGCAAGGAAAAGAGAUGAAAUGGAAAAAGAGUGUGGCCACAAGGUUAGUAGAGGAGAGGUAUGGAUAGCAACACAUAAACAUGCUAAUGGAGCCUUUGUGAGUGAUGAAGCGAGGGAAAUCAGUGAAAAAAUUCAAGUAUAUGAAUCAACAUCAUCAUCAUCUGUAUCAAAAGAAAUAUCAAGUACUGAUUCCUUAGCUUUUGCUUUCGGAAGCCAAGAGCACUGUGGACGUGUUAGGGGUUUGGGUUUGGGUCCUUGCCCAUCUAAAGUGUUUGGCUCCAAGGGUCAUUCAUAUAGUGGAGCAUCUUCAAGUUAUCUUUCUAAUGCUCAGUUACAAAAUCAGAUUGUCAAAAGAGCUCCAUUUUGGAACCCCAAGCAUUACUGGAGUUUUUGUAAACCCCAUGCAUUACUGGGGGUUUUUGGAACCUCAUGCAUUACUGGGGGUUUUCAGAACCCCAGGCAUUAA